AGGUACAAUUUUAACACCAUUUUUUUUGUGUCUGUGGUGGGCAGUAUCCUAAGGUACAAAAGUGAAAAGGUAGAUCUUUGUACCUUACUUACCCCUAAAUGGUACAUAGUACAUACCUUAAAAGUACAUAGCAGUACUUCAAAAGUACAUAGGCCUAUUAGUACCUUUUCACUUUUGUACCUUAGUGUAACCAGUGACAAACACCGUACCUUUUUUCCGACAGUGUGAGAUAAGUGUCUCGUCACACCCCUACUGUUUAUCAUUAACUGAAAAUGACAUUUAAAUAGUUCAGAUGAUUUGAGCUGCAGCUCCUGACAGUUUAGAGCUCGAUCAUGAUGGUUUAUUAUCGUUUGUACUGGGCCCUGUGGAUGUUGUCGUGUUUUGGACAGUAUUCAGGUCAAGAUCUGCAGUUUCCUGAGCCGGCUAAUGGAGCAGUAGGAGCAAGUGUGGUGCUCGCCCCUGAUAACCCACCCUCCACGCCUAUUCUUAUAGCUCAAUGGUCUUUCACUUCAACUUUUAUAGUUGCAUUCAUGUCUGGUGUAACAACAGAAAGCCCCACAUAUAAAGGCAGAGUCGGUUUUGACAGCAACACUCUCGCUCUGACUCUACAGAACCUGAGAAAGAAUGAUUCUGGAAUAUACAAACUCAGUGUAACAACGACUACUGGAGAGAUACUUACAGGAGAAACUUCACUACAAGUGAUUGCAAAAAUAUAUAAUGUCACGCUUAUUGGUCCAGAGGAAACAUUAAUAGAGGGCGACUCAUUUGCUAACAUCACCUCUGAAGGAACUGGUAUCAUUGACUCUGUGCAGUGGAUGAAAGAUAACCGGCCUCUGUCUCCUAGCAACAGCAUCAUCUUCUCACCUGAUUUCAGAUCAGUGUCCAUCAGUCCAGUGCAGAGAUCAGACAGUGGAGAAUAUCAGUGUAUAUAUAGUAAUCCUGACAGCUCUGAGACGGCAACAUACAGUCUGAUCAUCAACUAUGGACCAGAUGAUGUUUCUAUUAGGGGUCCAGAUGUGGUGGAUUUAGGGGUUCCUGUGUCUCUGUCUUGCUCUGCAAAUUCUGAACCUUCUGCCUCAUUCAGAUGGAUGUUUAAUGGAACAGACACCAAUGUGACCACAGACACAUUCACCAUAGAUAAGACUGACUUCACAGACAGCGGAGAUUACGACUGCACUGCCUGGAAUAGUGUCACAAACAGAAGUGCCUCACAAAGACAUGUUUUAGAGGUUAAAGUCAGUGGAGGAGGACUGUCAAUAGGAGUGAUAGUUGGGAUUGUCAUUGGUGUUCUAGUGGCAGUUUCAGGCAUUUGUGGUCUGACUGUCUAUUUAAUAAAAACCAAGAAAAUUCCAAAAAUAAACAAACAACAAAAAGAACAAGCAAGUGGAGCACCACAAACAACACAGGAUCAUAUCUAUGAAGGAAUCCUUGAAUUCCAGGCGACUAGUCAAGGUGGAGCAAUUCGGGAAAAUAUGAGUGAAAGGAAUGUGAAUCAGGCUGAAAAUGAUGACAAUGUAUAUGUAAAUCAUGGGGUUACAAACAGGCCAAGGGCUGCUACACCCCCACCAAGUAUGAAACCCUCUUCCCGUGCACCAGUGAAGAAGUGAAGACACUGAAACAUCUACUGCAUACUGCAUGUCUUCCUGCAUAAUACACAUUUCACACAGUUUGUGAUAUAUCUGUGUUUUAUUUGCAUAUGUAGAGUAUUUGUAUUAAAAUGUUUAUUUGCAGGUCCAUGUCAAAUUUGAGCAAAUAAAUCACAGUAAAAGCAGA